AUGAAAGCUCCAGGUUCGAUCUCUAGCCUGUUUCUGGCAGUAGCUCUUCUGGUUUCACCAGGCUCAGCUGCUUCCAAGAAGUCAAACAACAAGACAGUCAUUGCAGACACCGUCUUUCACAAUGGAUCCAUUUAUUCUCUCGAUCUUCUCUCUACAAAGUACACUGCCCUCGCCGUCAAAGAUGGACGCAUUGCCUUCCUAGGCGAUGAGGAAAGCAUUCAGUCAUACAUCGCAAAGAACACUUCGGUCUUCAACCUUGAAGGCCGCAUGAUGAUGCCUGGUCUCGUGGACGCCCACAUGCAUCCCCUGCGUGGCGGAGCGAGUCUACUGAAGUGCAACAUGAACUUUCAACCUUUGGGUCUUGGUAAAGUCCUUGAGAAAAUUCAGAGUUGUCUUGAUGACGACAAGGAUAAGAGUAAUGAAGAUUGGCUAGAAGUUAUCUCGCUUGACUACUAUGCCUUGGUCGACGAUACGGGCGGCGUUACGAAGAAGGACUUGGACAAGCUCAAGACAAAGAGGCCUAUUCUGGUCGCUUCAGCUGAUUCACAUACCUUCUGGGUCAACUCUGCUGCGUUGAAGGUAUCAUCUCUCACAAGCAAGACCAGAGACCCACGAAACGGCAAAUUUGAGCGACUUGCGGGAAGUCAAGAACUUUCAGGAAUUUUACAAGAUUCUGCGACGAGUUUAUUAUCAGGCCCUGCGCCCCCAACAGCCGAGGACAACAUUCGAUCUGCCAGAGCUGCGUUGAAGCUCCUCCGCGAGGAAGGCGUGACAAGUUUCCAGGAGGCUGCGUCCAGUGAGGAUACCGCUCUUGCGUUUGCAGCUAUCAAGAAAGAGGGAGGCCUAACCGCUCGUGGCUUUUUCGACUACCUUGUCCAACCACCUAACAACAUUGCGGGAAUUGACGAUCUAGUAAAGGACGUGGUCAACGUUACUUCUACGUGGAACGAUAAGAAGGAGUUGAGCGCCAAGCCCUCUAUGAAGUGGCACGCUGUCAAGAUGUUCAUGGACGGCGUGCUCUUGUACCCCGCGAAUACCGGAUCCCUCAUCGAGCCAUAUUUUCAGCCUGUGGCUAACACCUCCAUGUGGGCACCCAAGUCAGACUUCGGACCAAAAACAUACUGGAACAAGGAACUUCUUAGCCUGACCCUAACGAAGUUGUUCAAAAAUAAUAUCGACGCCCAGAUUCACGUGGACGGAGAUCUAGCUGUUCGAACAGCCCUCGAUGCCCUUGAGGAGCUCCGCAACAAGAACCCCAAACUUCGUGAUUACCGUGUUGGAUUUGCUCAUAACGAAGUAACUGACCCUUCAGACUGGCCUCGCUUCGCUGAACUCAAGGCCGAUCCUAUCAUGAGUUUUCAAUGGUCACAGGCCAGUUCAGUUUGGCUCCCAAACGGUGUCAAGAGCAUGGGCCCAAGACGUUCGCACUACAUGGAAGCCUUUGGAGAACUUGCUAAGUUUGGAUCUGCUAUUGUCUACGGUAGCGACUGGCCGAUUGAUCCUCUGGAUGAGUGGCUCGCCAUCAAAGCCGGCGUCACGCGCUCAGGCGAUCCCAAAAACCCCAGCUCCCCAGCCUCACAAGGCGCUCCCUACAACGGCAACGGUCUUCCCGGUCUGACCCUCACACGCGAUCAGGCUAUCCGAGCUAUCACGACCGAGAGCGCUCGCUUCCUUCGCGCCGAUGCCUAUAUCGGAUCACUUGAAGUUGGAAAGCUUGCAGAUGCUAUUAUUCUAAAGGCCAAUUACUUUGAAGUCCCUGAGCAGCAUAUCGCUAGACAGAAGACGCUUUUGACGAUGGUUGGUGGUGAGGUUGUAUAUAUCGCGGAUGAGGUUGAUUUCAAGAAUGGUGUUAAACCUAAGUUUAAGAAUGAUGAUGAUGUUGGUAGGAUGAUUAAGAGGAGAAGUGUUGGGGGGAUUCAGGGGAGAGAUUUGUCGGACGAGGGGAAGAGAUCUGUGCAGCGUUUGCAGACUCGUGGGGCUUGUGUGCAUUCUCAUCAUCACUGA